GAGAGAGUAUAAAGCAUGAUUCCAGCUACAGCUCCUUUGUCUUGCCUUCCCAGAGCAUUCCUUGGGUUCCAGCACCUGAGGCCGCCGUUAACUGGCAGAGACUCGGGCACAAGCCGGGAGGGCAGCCCAAGGCCCGUCCUCUCUGGGAAUACGAGCGAGCUCCUGGCGCUGGCGGAGAGCGACGUGCACAGCGCCAGGCAGUUCGUCGUGGCGCAGCUCCGCCGCCUGCGCGCUCGGGCGCCGGCGCAGAAGGGCAACGUCGCCGCCGCCAUCGAAGAUGCCAAGCACCAUUUCGGGUACUGGGCCCUCAGGGUUGCGGUUCUUGGUUGA